AUGCCAAGGGAAAUAAUAACAUUACAGUGUGGUCAGUGCGGAAACCAAAUAGGGGUCGAGUUUUGGAAGCAACUAUGUAAUGAGCACAAUAUUGACCAGGAAGGAAUUUUAAAAAAUAAUAAUUUUUUAAAUGAAGAUAGAAAAGAUAUAUUUUUUUAUCAAGCAGAUGAUGAACAUUUUAUUCCGAGAGCAUUACUAUUCGAUUUGGAACCUCGUGUUAUUAAUAGCAUUCAGACAAGUGAAUUCCGUAAUUUAUAUAAUCCAGAAAAUAUGUUUAUAUCAAAAGAAGGAGGUGGUGCUGGGAAUAAUUGGGGUUGUGGUUAUAGUCAAGGACAUAAAGUAGAAGAAGAAAUUAUAGAUAUGAUUGAUAGAGAAGUUGAUAACAGUGAUAAUUUAGAAGGAUUUAUUUUAUCUCAUUCAAUUGCAGGAGGUACUGGUAGUGGUAUGGGUAGUUAUUUAUUAGAAUUACUUAAUGAUAAUUAUUCAAAAAAGAUGAUUCAAACAUUUUCUGUUUUUCCAUUACUGACUAAUGAGAGUAGUGAUGUGGUAGUUCAACCAUAUAAUAGUAUAUUAACUUUAAAAAGAUUAAUUUUAAGUACAGAUAGUGUAGUAGUUAUUGAUAACACUUCAUUGAAUAGAAUCUUUGUAGAUAAAUUAAAAUUAAAUAAUCCUACAUUUCAACAAACAAAUACUAUUAUAUCUAAUGUUAUGUCAGCAUCUACAACUACUUUGAGAUACCCAGGUAGUAUGAACAAUGAUAUGAUUAGUUUAAUAUCAUCAUUAAUAAUAAAUCCGAAAUGCCAUUUCCUAGUAACGUCUUACACUCCAAUCACUAUUGAAAAACAUGUGUCUAAUGUACAGAAAACUACAGUAUUAGAUGUUAUGAAAAGAUUAUUACAUACUAAAAAUAUUAUGGUAUCUGUACCAGUUAGAAGGGGUAUGUAUAUUUCCAUUUUAAAUAUCAUUAGAGGAGAAACAGAUCCAACACAAGUACAUAAAGGAUUACAAAGAAUUCGAGAUAGAAAAUUAGUCAAUUUUAUUAAAUGGAAUCCUGCAUCUAUACAAGUAACUUUAGCAAAACAGUCACCUCAUGUUGUUUCAACACAUAAAGUUUGUGGUCUUAUGAUGGCUAACCACACAUCCAUAUCAACUUUAUUUGAACGAUGUGUUACUCAGUUCGAUAGACUUUUUAAAAGAAGAGCCUUUUUAGAAAAUUAUAAAAAAGAACCAAUGUUUUCAAGUGCUGAUGGGCAAGGAAAUUUUGAAGAAAUGGAAUCCUCCAAAGAAAUUACGCAAAAUCUUAUUGAUGAGUACAAGAGUGCUGAACGAGAUGAUUACUUCAAUCACACCUACUUAUGA